AUGAGUAGAUCAAGAUAUGGACUAACGUCACUGACCCAAAAUCGAUGUGUUCCGCUAAAGAAAAUCAACAUUCAGGUAGCGAUUCAUGGAUUCAUUGCCAACGUGACCUCUGACCUUCAUUACAUUAAUGAUUCGGACAAGAACAUCGAGACAGAGUUUGUCUUUCCGUUGGACACCGAGGCAGCGGUCUACAAGUUUGAAGCCAAGAUAGACGGCAGGACCAUUGUAGCAGAGGUUCAGGAAAAAUCACAGGCAAAAGAGACAUACCGUGAUGCUAUUGAUUCUGGCCAUACUGCCAUGUACAUGGGAGAAGACGACAACGCUGGAGAUAUAUUUCGUCUCAAACUCGGAAAUCUCCCUGCCAAGAAAGAUGCUAAACUCACAUUUGCUUAUGCAAAGGAGCUGGAUUUGUCCUCCGAUAAUACAGGGACUUUUAUGCUCCCAACAGUUCUUAAUCCAAGAUAUGCUCCGGAUUGCUCAUCAAACAUGUCAAAAGAUGAAUCUAAUCCAGAUGAGAGCAAUACAACAAUGAUCAAAACAGCUGAGAGCGAUGUUGGAAUGACAUACUGUUCUAACUUUACAAUGACAAUGGAAGCUGUAGUUGAUGGAGGUAAAAAUCUUAUCGUUUCUGGAAACAAGAUGGAGUUUGAUGUGGUGGCAGAUACAAUCGAAAAUAAGAUGACAUCAUCAAAACAGCUCAAACAAGGAUGUGAUUUCACGUUAGUUUUACACUACAAAGGAUUUGAAAAGCCAGGGGCUGUGCUCGAGAAAGGAAAGGAAGACAGUGGAAAAUCGUUUUUAUCGACGGAUGUACUGAUGAUAAAUUUUUCCCCAGAAUUCAAGGAUUUGGACACAAAAAUGCCGUGUGAAUUUGUUUUUGUAAUUGAUCGUUCUGGAUCAAUGAAUGGUUCUCGAAUUGAAAAAGCAAAGGAGACCUUACUGCUACUCUUGAAGAGUCUUCCUGUGAACUGUAUCUUCAAUGUCAUCAGCUUUGGAUCAAGGUUUUCUACUCUGUUCCCAAAGAGUGUAGAGUAUAACGAGAAGAAUUUAGAGGAAGCUCUGAAUCUACAAAAGAGAAUGAAAGCUGACAUGGGAGGAACAGAAAUCUUCAAACCACUGGACAAUGUUUUUAGUAAUAAACCGUCUGGUUCCUAUGCUAGACAAGUUUUUCUGCUGACGGAUGGAGAAGUUUGGAACAUCCCAGAAAUAAUUAAAUUAGUGAAAAAGCAGAAAAAUACGAGAGUGUUUACCUUUGGUAUUGGAGAUGGCUGCUCAACAGAACUGAUAAGGGAAGUCGCCAAAGUUAGCAAUGGAAAAGCUACUUUCUUAAAAGACAGUGAUAGAUUACAAUCUAAGGUCAUGUCUGUGAUGAAGAACAGUGUACAAUGUGGAAUUACGGAUGUGUCAUUAACUUGGAACCUUCCUAAAGGUUGCUCUGUCAUCAAUGCCCCAGAAGAAGUCCCGCCAAUUUUUCAAGGAGAGAAACUGAUACUCUAUGCAAUUAUAUCAGGGGUUAUUUCAAAGCAAUCUUCUAAAACACAAUCGAUGAAGCUGACGGGUAAGGCAGGUGACAAGAAUGUGGAAUAUAAAAUGGAUUUUGUCUUGAGCACCAGCAAGUCUGACGACACAGAUGAAUCAUGUCCACUUCAUAGAUUAGCUGCUAAAUCCAGAUUAUCAGAGAUGGAAACAAAUAAUGCUGAUGAGAGAUUGAUGGUGGCCUUAAGUACAGAAGUCAAUGUAACGUGCAAGCAUACGGCGUUUGUUGGUGUAGAUAGAAAGAGCAAAGAAAUUGUAGGAAAACAUAACGACAUAGAAUACUUUGAGGAAGAACUUAACGAAGCUCAGUUAAAUUUAAGUGUACGUUCAUUCGCAGCACCAAAGUUAAAAUCUGCACCAGGCAUAAUGGGGAAGGUGACAAAUUUUUGUUCAAGUAUUUUUCCAAUAAAGAAGAAAAAGACAGCUGUUUUAUCUCGCAGCACGAAUUCUCCUGUCAUGGCAAUGAAAAGUGCCCAAUGUUCUUUGUCAGCUGAUGACAUGAUGGACCUUGACAUUCCAGACUUAGGAGACCUAAAUUUAGAGAGUGAAUCUGCAGAAUGUUCUUGUGACGAAUCUGACGUACUUGAAGAACUUGAGGACUGUGAAGAACUUGAGAACUGUGAGCCCGAAAAACAAAAAGAAGUAGACCAUCUUGGGAAGAUGUUGGAAUUGAUUGAAAAUCAGAAAUUUGAUGGAUCUUGGGAGUUAACAGAGAAAAUCACAAAAAUUCUCGACAAAUCACAAGAUGAAAUAAAAACAUCUGCUGUGGUACAGGAUAUCAGUGUUUGGACAACAGCUCUUGCAAUUGCAUUUUUGAGAAAAUAUUUCUUAAAACAAAGAGAUGAAUGGGAGAUGAUAGAGGAGAAAGCAUUGAAUUGGUUAAAAACUAGAGAUGUAGAAGGCAAAGAUGUCGUUCAGGAAGCAAUGACAUUUUUAUCAACAUAACUUUUUGUAACUUGAGUACUAUUCCUCGUCUGAUACUAAUAAUUUGAUUCUUUAUGCGGAAGGUUUCCUAUAUGAACCUUGUACACACGCUGCAAUUAAUCGAAUACAAUCACUCAUGCAAUUGUCAUGUCAUUCAAAGCACUGUACACACACUGCAACUAAUUUCCUUUAAUUUACCUCCAAAUUGAAAAAAAAGUUAUAUGGUACAUAUAAUACGUACUCUGAAUGUGGGGAUUCAAAGUUUUAGAUUAAAUACUGUAAAAAAACCCCAGACAUGCUUUAACCGCUUUCUUACAAUUAUAUUGGGAUUAUCAAUAUCUCAAAUAAGUUCCUGUAUAUGGAGUCCAAAAUAGUAAAGGAGCCAGGUUAAGAUUUUGAGAUCCCCGUUUGAUAAAAUAGUUCUACAUUUUGUUUCCUUUAAUGUUUCUCAAAAGAAGGGUGAAACGCACUAAUCAGGCUACCUCCCUGAAAUGAAUUAUAACAUGAAUUAUGAUUUUAUAUUAAAGUUUUGAUUUUGAUGUAUAAUUCUCAAUCAAGUUAAUCAAGCAUCCUAUGUUUGUAAAUCAUCCAUUAUCCGUGCAAUUAACAAAACUUUGCAGCAAUUUCUUACUAUAGUCUUAUCAAAGAAUAAAGAAUACUGCUGGAGCCUC